UGCUAUUGGAUCUCCGCCACCGUACACAAAAUACAUCGACGUCUAGAGUCAUGAGUGCUUUGCGCAACUUGCGCAUUGGUGUUGAUGUUGGCGGUACCAACACCGAUGGAGUAAUCAUAGAUCCCGCAAGAUCAAUCGAGGCCGAUAAAGGAAUUGUUGCCUGGCACAAGGCUCCCACUACGGCGGAUCCAAGUCAUGGAAUUGCCGAUGCGAUCACUACUAUGUUCAAGACCGCAUCCGUGGAUCCCAGUUCGGUCGCCAGCGUCACGAUUGGGACGACACAUUUCGUGAAUGCGGUGGUGACCCGCGACUCCUCUCGACUCUCGCCAGUCGCAGUGCUGCGCCUGUCUGGACCAUUCAGCAAGCAUGCGCCCCCUUGUGUUGAUUGGCCAGCUUCACUUCGCAAGAUCAUCUUGGCGCAUUACGCCCUAGUGAAAGGUGGCCUUGAGAUUGAUGGCAGCCUCAUAUCAGACAUCAAGGAGCAAGAAAUUGUGGAGCAGUGCAAGAUUAUCAAAGAGAAGGGUAUCAAGAGUAUUGUGGUCAACGGAGUUUUCAGUCCAAUUGACACCAUCGAGUUGCAGGAACAGCGAGCUGCCCAGAUCAUCAAGCGAGAGCUUGGUGAGCAAGUGGAUAUCGUUCUCAGCAAGACUGUUGCUAACCUCGGCUUCUUGGAGCGAGAGAAUGCUGCGAUACUCAAUGCCUCGAUCCUGUCAUUUGCACGCAAGACGAUUGCAGCCUUUCAAGCUCCAAUAAAACAACUCGGAUUGGAAUGCCCAGUCUUCAUCACGCAGAACGACGGGACAAUCCUUAGUGGUGAGGCAGCAAGCCGGCUACCUAUUCGGACAUUCUCGUCGGGCCCGACCAACAGUAUGCGCGGCGCUGCCUUCCUUGUCGGAAAGCAAGAGAACAACGAGGCAAUGAUGGUAGUCGAUGUGGGUGGCACGACGACAGACGUUGGCCUCCUCUUGGCGAAUGGAUUCCCACGCCAACAAGCAGCUUACUCUGAAUUGUCUGGCGUCAGGAUGAACUUUUCGUAUCCAGACGUGAAAAGUAUAGGUCUCGGAGGUGGUAGCCUGGUGAGGAGAGUCGGCGGAAAAAUCCAAGUCGGACCCGAGUCUGUAGGCUACCGUCUACCCGAGAAGGCGUUGGUAUUUGGUGGCGACGUGCCAACUGCCACCGACUACACCGUGGCAGGCUCCCUUGAAGUCACGAUCGGUAAGCCAGAGCAUGUGCGAGGCAAGCUCGAUGAGAGCGAAAUCGCAGAAUUUAAAGAAGAGACCAAAGCUAUGUUAGAACGUAUCGUUGACACUAUGAAGACGUCUCCAGAAGACGUUCCGGUACUGCUUGUUGGAGGUGGUGCCGUGGUAGCGCCAGAUCGCUUGAAAGGUGCGAGCCGGGUCAUCAAGCCACGAUGGUCGGGCAUCGCGAACGCAAUUGGUGCUGCCAUGGCCAGAGUCAGCGCUGUCGUGGACACUGUCAAGUCGACAGAGAAGCAAUCCGAGAAGGAACUGCUGGUCGAAAUUUCUGCAGAAGCCAAGAGGCGAACCAUUGAGGCAGGCGCAUUAGCUGAUUCUGUGAACAUUGUCGAAAUCGAAGCACUUCCACUUCAAUAUGUGGCUGACAAGACGCGUUUUAUUGUCAGAGCUGCUGGAGACUUUGACUUUUCUCGCGCACAAGACUUCGCAAACCUUGAGCUUACCAAAGUGGACGAGGACGCAACGAGCGUGAACACCGCACAUGAUGCAAUCACGCCAGCAUCAAUCAAGGACACCACUUUCGAAAACGACGCAGUUCCAGAAGUUGACAUCGCAGGCUACAAGCCUAAGAUCGUUGCCCGUGAAUGGUGGAUUUCCGAGACGGACCUCGACUGGAUCACAAUAGGCUGCUAUAUCCUGGGUACCGGUGGUGGCGGUUCGCCCUACUCGACAAUGCUGAGAGUACGCGGAAUCUUACAAGCUGGUGGUACCAUACGGGUAGUCAGUCCAGAUGAUCUCAAAGACAAAGAUCUCAUCGGCAGUGGCGGCGGUGCUGGCAGUCCAACGGUUGGUAUCGAAAAGCUGUCAGCAGAUGAGAUGAUGGACGCUCAAAACAGCCUCUACGAGCUGUUUAAGGGAGGUCGGGCGACUCACGUAAUCCCUAUAGAGAUUGGGGGUUCCAACGGCCUUCAGGGCCUUGUCCUUGCCGCAUCGACGAACAUGAAUGUGCCGUGCGUCGAUGGCGAUUGGAUGGGCCGUGCCUAUCCCACAAAGUGGCAGACUACUCCUGUGGUGUUUGGAGAGCGUGAGAUCGUCUUCGCUCCAGUAUGUGUUGCUGAUGGCAAUGGUAAUACACUUUACAUGCCUACAGCGCAAAGCGACCUGAAGGUUGAGCAGGUCAUCAGGUCGGCUCUGAGUCAAAUGGGAAGCGCAGUUGGUACAGCCGAUGCCCCGGUCACUGGGGAGGAGACGAAACGAUGGGCAGUUGAACACACCAUGUCGCUUUCAUGGCGCAUAGGUCGGGAAGUCGCUCGAGCAAGAAAGGAAAAUCGCAUCGACAGCGUAGCUGAGUCUAUCAUCGAUGCUGUGGGAGGGCCAGACACUGGCCGUGUCCUCUUCAAAGGCAAGAUCGUCGGCGUCGAACGCAAGCUCUGGAUGGGUCACGUUUACGGCGAGGUCAUUAUCGAAGGCACCGAGGCGCAAUUCUCUGGGAAGGUUAAGAUACCAUUCAAGAACGAGAAUAUCGCCGCCAUCCGUAUGCACGAUGGACAGGAAAGCAAGACUGGAGAGGAGCGCAAUGAGGAUGUGCUCGCCAUUGUACCCGAUCUAAUUUCGGUCAUCGAUGCGCAGAACGGUGAGGCGAUUGGGACACCCGAGUAUAGAUACGGGUUGUUGGUCCUGGUCAUUGGAAUUACUGCCAGCGAGCGAUGGACCAGCCCGAAAGGUGUCGAAAUAGGCGGACCCAGUGCUUUCGGUUUGACUCAUUUGGAGUACAAGCCAUUGGGCAGGUUUGUGAAACCAGUCAGCGUUAUUGACGAGUUUGAAGAAAGAGUAUGAAACUCAAAUCUUGGGUGGAAGUCAUGGCAUGU